AUGGUCGAUCUCAUCCAAUUUGGUCCAUCGAUGAUUACUAUUGGUCGAAAUCAAACUGUGAUACUUGAUCCAGGCUCAUUUUCAAUCGAUCCAGAUGCAAUUAGCUUCCAUAUCAAUGUAAGUAAUUGGAAUUAUAUUUACUAUUGCCGAAUCGAUCAUCAAUCAAAUUUUGUACUCAUUAACGAUUCAUUCUGUUUCGGCAAUCGAUCAGAAUGGCACUAUGGUUCAAAUGAAACACAAUCUUCAUUGAUUAUUGAACCAGGAUUGUUUCAAGUGAAUCAAAUCUAUCAAUUUCGAACAGAUUUGAUCGACAAAUUCAAUACAUCACGAAUCUUUUCAGGAUAUUUACUUGUCACAGUCGAAGAAGAAACUGAUUCAAUUAUCAUCUCAAUCAAUUGUAUCAUUUCGGAAAUAUGCCCAUUGGUUAAUGAAUAUCAUCUACUCAAUCCAAAUACACAGGUAGAAUUAACUUCACUCUGGAUAAAUCAUAGAGUAAAUCAAUCAUUCAAUGGCACGAUCAUGUGGAAUCUCUAUCAAGGAUCAAUGAAUACAACAAUACAAUGGAUACUUAUUCCCAAUAUUAGAACUGAUGUCGAAAAUUGGUUCUUCGAAAUCAACUCGGAAAAUUUUACAGCAACGAAAGGUCUUUUCAUAAAUUAUCCAAAUGUAAAAUAUUGGCGUUUUGAAGUGAUCUAUUCAAUGAAUUCGAUUCAUAGCAUUGGAGCAAUUGAUUUUAUGAUCGAUUCACCACCAGAAAAUGGUACAUGCUCAAUCAAUCCUCUCAAUGGAAUGACAUCUACAGUGUCUACAAUAAUUUGUUCAAAUUGGAGUGAUACUAAUGAUAUUAUAGGCUAUUCAUUUUACACAUGGACAACGGAUCCAUCGACACUUGCUAUUCUUGGAUAUUCAAUUAUUCCCUCUCUUCAAGUGCGAUUACCAGCCAAUGGAACCAACUCAGUAAUGAAUCAUAUUGUUGCACGUAUAACCGAUAUGUAUGAAUGUAUCACUGAAAUUGAUCUAUCUACCGUUUCUGUUAUCUUUGAUAUGGCAACAAUGAAUAAUUUGAUCAAUAAUGUUCUUACAAAUUCGAUGAAUCUAGCAAAUAAUAUUCUACUCAAUAUUAAUCCAAUAGUUUUAGUUCUCGCUAGUGGAAAUCAAAAUCUAGUUAGUCAAAUACUCGUUCAACAAGCACAGGCAUUGAACGAAAUGAGUGUAUCGAUUUUGCAAGCUACUUUUUUAAGCAAUAUAUCUGUAGUGUCUAUCUCAGUAACACCAUUGAAUGGUGAACAACAGAUUCAAUCAUCUUCUGCAAUCAAUACAUCCAUUUGGCUCGAAUAUAAUCAACAAUGGAAUACUCUUGCUGAACUCUUGGCAUCGACACGAUGUUAUCAAUUGGCCAGUAAUCUAAUCAGUAUUGCUCCAACAACCACUUAUGAAAAAAUCCAAACAGCUGCUGAUUCAAUUCUUCGAUGUACGAGCAAUACAUUCACAGCAAUUAAUGUAGUAUCACAAGGACGUGGAAUUGUUCUUGAUCUUGAUCGAAUUCGUGCAAAUACAUUUCCAAUUGAUUAUGAAACUGAUCUUGAAUCACCAUGGUCAAAUCUCAAUCUUUUCGCGGAUGGCAAUGAUUUUUCAUGGGCAACUGUUGAAAAAAAUCGUAACUUAUACUCUCAACAACAGACAGCAACAAAUAUAAAUCAUCAAACGGAUCAAACUUUCUCAAUGACGACUAAUGCACUUUUAUUACAUAUGAAUACAGGACAAUCGACAGGAAUUAAUGCAUCAUCAAUCAUCUUUUCAUUAGAAAAACCUCACAUAUAA